CUGUCCUGGAUGCCGGGUAUCAUUCUCGUAUCUGUUCUCAUUCUGUAUGUAUGGGACUCUGCAUAAGUCCCACUUCUCCUGUCCCUGGAUGCCGGGUGUCAUUCUCAGUAUCUGUUCCCAUUCUGUAUGUAUGGACUCUGCACAGACUCUGCCACAGUGUCCACUUCUCCUGUCCCGGAUGUCGGGUGUCAUUCUCGGUAUCUGUCCCCAUUCUGUAUGUAUGGACUCUGCACACAGUCCCCACUUCUCCUGUCCUGGAUGCCGGGUGUCAUUCUCGGUAUCUGUCCCCAUUCUGUAUGUAUGGACUCUGCACAGUCCCACUUCUCCAGUC